CCUUCACCCGCCCCAGAGGACUGUACACCACUUCAUGCUUCGUUGGCCAUGGACGAAAAAGACGCUACUACUACUACUUUACCCAUGUCAACCAAGGACAGCUGGAAUUUUUUAUUAUUAGUGGUAUUAUGUAAAGGAUAACAUAGUCAGGUCUUUUCUCUCUCUUGUUAUGAUUAUCCUGUUCUAGCAUAUAAUGAGCUACCAUCGCAUCAAGUAAGACAGCUAAAGUCAUCGGUGUUUAUUGCUGCUAUUGCUAUUAUUUCGAGUAGAUCUUUUACAGGGUGUACCAGUAGGAUUGGCCUUUGGCAGCGUCCCAUUCUUGCUCAAGGCUAAGAUUAGUUACUCGCAGAUUGGGGUUUUUUCCCUCGCACAUUACCCUUACAGCAUGAAAUUCCUCUGGUCUCCGAUUGUCGACGCAGUUUAUAGCAAGGAGCUAGGCCGGCGCAAAUCAUGGAUUGUUCCUAUUCAAUUGUUGACAGGGUUUAUGUUUUUUUGGUUGGGGACCAACAUUGAUGAGUGGCUAGAACAGGAUCAAAUUGCAAUAGGCACACUUACCGCAGUGUUCUUUGUUCUGAUAUUUUUCUCCGCCACUCAGGAUAUUGCUGUAGAUGGAUGGGCAUUAACGUUAUUAUCCAAGAACAAUGUGUCAUAUGCGUCGACCGCUCAAACGAUUGGUCUUAAUUCGGGCUACUUUUUGUCCUUCACUGUUUUUCUGGCAUUCAAUUCUCCCGAAUUCAGUAACAAGUAUUUUCGAUCGGAACCUCAAGAUGUUGGCUUGGUACCUCUUGGCGGAUAUCUCAAAUUCUGGUCUAUGAUGUAUUUUACGAUCACGCUAUGGCUUAUCUUUUUAAAAAAGGAGGAGCGUCCCCAGACAGAUCAGAAUGAAUUUAGUAUCAAAUCGGUGUACAAGGUUAUCCUCAGGAUUAUUCAACUACCCCAUAUGAAAUCAUAUAUGAUUAUUCUACUAACCGCAAAGAUUGGGUUCAUCGCAAAUGGAGCGGUAACAGCCUUAAAAUUACUGGAAAGGGGAUUUGGCAAAGAGGAUUUGGCAUUGGCCGUGCUUAUCGACUUUCCAUUCCAAAUUAUCUUUGGUUACUACGCUGUGAGGUGGAGUUCAGGAUCACGGCCACUUAGACCGUGGCUAUGGGCAUACUGCGCACACUUGGUCUGUUGUGUUAUCGCCAUGUUGAUUGUUUCUUCUUUUCCUGAGGAUGGGAUUGUCACACCUGCUUAUUUUUACAUUGUCCUUGCCACAACUGUAACAACGUCCUUUACAAGCACGGUGGCAUUUGUAAGCAUGGGGGCAUUUAUGACAGUCAUCGCAGAUCCUGUGAUCGGGGGAACCUAUAUGACGCUUCUUAACACUCUAAGCAAUUUCGGUGGAACUUGGCCUCGGUUCUUUGUUCUUGAGGCUGUUGACUACUUCACGGUAUCAAGAUGCUCUGUUAUGAACGCUGAAGGCGAAGAAUUCUCUUGUGCUUCUGAACCUGGUAAAGGGCUGUGUCAGCAGCUUGGAGGCAAUUGCCUGAUCGAGCAAGAUGGCUAUUACUUCGUGAGCACGGUCUGCGUAAUGACUGGCGCUAUACUACUUGUGCUUUACAUUGCACCAACAAUUCGUUAUUUGGAAUCCUUGAAUCCUAAACUUUGGAAGUUACCAAAAGAAGAAAACUAGAG